CCCUGGAACUCACCCUCCCCGGGAGAGCCGCCUGCGGGGACGCGCCGGCCGCGGCCGCCGCCGAGUGAGCGCCCUUCGGGCUCGCCUGGGCGCCCCGUCGCCGACCGAGCCGGGCCAGGAGGGAGCCGUCCCCCGCGAGGCCGCCGGGCCCUCGGUUUAAAUGUAAAACUGGAUGUUUAGUUCUCCUCCUGAGCCAUAUUGCUCCAACAAGCCACAGCGCCAUAAUGUGGCAAAGCGUCCUUCUUGAGAGGUGAAUAUUACAGAAUGAAAAUGGCUGACAGAGGUGGGAAGAUUGUUCCAGGGCAGGUGUAUAUUGAAGUGGAGUACGAUUACGAAUACGAAGCGAAGGACAGAAAGGUCGUGAUAAAACAAGGGGAGCGCUACAUCUUGGUGAAGAAGACCAACGAUGACUGGUGGCAGGUCAAGCUGGAUGAGAACUCCAAAGCGUUUUACGUGCCCGCCCAGUAUGUGAGGGAGGUCGGCCGCCGCGCCCUGAUGCCACCUGUGAAGCAGGCCACGGGGCUGCCAAAUCAUGCUGUGAAAACGCUGCAGGGCCUCCACCUUCAGAGGUCAACAGAAAACGUGAAUAAGCCUCCCGAGCUUUCAAGUUUCGGAAAGCCGUCGCCGUCUGUUCAAGGAACCGCUCUCAUUCGUGAUGCCAAUCAGAAUUUUGGACCAAAUUAUAUUCCCGGUCAGACUCUCAACCUCAGUCUGGACCUGACCCAUAAUAACGGAAAGUUCAACAGUGACUCGCAUUCUCCCAAAGUUUCUGGCCAGAAUAGGACACGCUUAUUUGGUCACUUUCCCGGUCCGGAGUUCUUGGACGUAGAGAAAGCUGGCUUCUCCCAGGAACAGUCUUGUGAUUCAGCAGGAGAAGGCUCGGAACGGGUACCUCAGGAUUCGGAGUCCGGCGAUGAGCUCAGCAGCAGCUCUGCUGAGCAGAUAAGGGCGACAACACCUCCAAAUCAAGGGCGGCCAGAUUCUCCUGUCUACGCCAACCUGCAAGAACUGAAAAUAUCCCAGUCAGCUCUCCCCCCGCUCCCUGGAAGCCCAGCAAUUCAGAUUAAUGGAGAAUGGGAAACCCAUAAGGAUAGUUCAGGGCGUUGUUAUUACUAUAACAGAGGAACGCAGGAAAGAACUUGGAAACCCCCUCGUUGGACUCGAGAUACAAACAUAAGCAAAGGAGAUUCCCAAAGUCCAGGAGAUCAAGAGCUUUUUUCAUCAGAAGAAAACUACCACAGCAUUUGUUACAGCCAGUCAGAUAGUCAGUGUGGUUCUCCUCCAAGGGGUUGGUCAGAAGAGUUGGAUGAACGUGGGCAUACCUUAUAUACCAGUGACUAUACUAAUGAAAAGUGGCUCAAGCACGUUGACGAUCAAGGUAGACAGUAUUACUACAGCGCAGAUGGAUCUCGGUCAGAAUGGGAGCUGCCGAAGUAUAAUGCUUCAUCUCAGCAGCAAAGAGAGAUUAUUAAAAGUAGGAGUCUGGACAGGCGGCUGCAAGAACCAAUAGUGUUAACAAAGUGGAGACAUAGCACCAUUGUGCUGGACACCAAUGACAAGGAAUCUCCAACUGCCUCAAAACCCUGCUAUCCUGAAAAUGAGUCUUCUCCCUCUUCACCAAAGCACCAGGAUACAGCCAGCAGUCCAAAGGGUCAAGAGAAAUAUGGAUUAUUAAAUGUAACAAAAAUUACUGAAAAUGGGAAAAAGGUUCGAAAAAACUGGUUGUCUUCUUGGGCCGUGUUGCAGGGUUCAUCUUUACUCUUUACCAAAACUCAAGGAAGUAGCACAAGUUGGUUUGGGAGUAAUCAGUCCAAACCAGAGUUCACAGUGGACCUUAAGGGGGCAACCAUUGAGAUGGCUUCAAAGGAUAAAUCCAGCAAAAAGAAUGUUUUUGAGCUGAAAACCCGUCAAGGAACAGAACUGCUGAUUCAGUCUGAUAAUGACACUGUUAUCAAUGACUGGUUUAAAGUUCUUAGUAGUACUAUCAGUAAUCAGCCAGUAGAACCCGACGAAGCAAUUGAAGAGGAGGUACCAGAUUCACCAGGAAUAGAAAAGCACGAUAAAGAAAAGGACCAUAAGGAUCUGAAGAAAUUGCGUUCCACAAAAGUAUCUAGCAUAGAUUCUUCAGAACAGAAAAAAACCAAGAAAAAUUUAAAGAAGUUUCUUACACGACGCCCCACUUUGCAAGCUGUUCGUGAAAAAGGUUAUAUUAAAGAUCAGGUAUUUGGAGCCAAUCUUGCUAAUCUGUGUCAGAGAGAGAAUGGCACAGUGCCAAAAUUUGUGAAAUUAUGCAUUGACCAUGUUGAACAAUAUGGGUUGGAUAUUGAUGGGAUUUACAGAGUUAGUGGCAACCUUGCAGUGAUCCAGAAGCUGAGGUUUGCAGUCAAUCAUGAUGAGAAAUUGGACUUGAAGGAUAGUAAAUGGGAAGAUAUUCAUGUCAUCACUGGAGCACUCAAAAUGUUUUUUCGAGAAUUACCAGAACCUGUCUUUACAUUUAAUCAUUUUAAUGAUUUUGUUAAUGCAAUUAAACAGGAACCAAGACAGCGCGUCCCUGCUGUGAAGGACCUAAUCAGACAGUUGCCAAAGCCAAACCAGGACACAAUGCAGACUCUGUUUAGACAUCUCAAAAGAGUGGUAGAAAAUGGAGAGAAAAACCGAAUGACCUAUCAGAGUAUAGCGAUUGUUUUUGGUCCCACUCUGUUAAAGCCAGAGAAAGAGACUGGUAACAUAGCGGUUCAUACCGUCUACCAGAAUCAGAUUGUAGAGUUAAUUCUUCUCGAGAUAAAUUCCAUCUUCGGACGUUGACUCCUACUGAAGACAACCUGUGGAAUAGAAGCCGGAUUUCAUCAGAUUCCAAGUCCUUACACCUGACGUAUUUUAUGUUUGGACCAAGCAGUGACUCUUUGAUUUUGCACUUUUCUGAGGGAUCAGAAGGGAAGGGGAGAGUCCAGGUGUGUUAGGCCCUCAUAUUUGCUGCUUUGUUGCAAGUUGAUAGAACUGUGUGUACUUUUGGAUUAAUUUUAUCCUGAAUGUUUGCAUUUCAUACUCUGAAUUUCCGUAAAAAUCAAAACUUGCGAUUCUAACCAGUCAUAUACACUGGAUAAUUUGGUAAGAAUACUACAUUUUUUUUUUCUCCUCAAACUGGAUAAUGUAGAAUUUCUUCUCAUGAUUCAAUAGGUUCAUGACUCAAUAGAACAAUACUUACUGUCAGUUAUUUUGAAAACGCUCCUGGGCAUUUUAAACUAGAUGACGUGUAGCUGUUUGGAAGCCUGUGUGUUUCUCUUCCAGGGCUUCUGCGUGCAGUGGCAGUCUGAGUGCUAGGCCCCGUUAUAGCCCAGAUACGACCCCUUGAUGAAGGCUUGCUGUCUUUCCCGUGAGCACAGCGGCGCACUAAGAGUAUUUAAAACACUGUGAUAGACUGGAGUUUAAUUUAGCAUUAGCCAGUUCAGGGUAUUUUGGGGCUGUCUGUGCUACACUGACUUGUAGCUAACAAUCCUAAUUCUGUCUAGUGCCAUACUGAGUUCUUGGUAUGACCCUGUGGAAACCAACGUUAUUUGAUGUAAAUACAGGCUAAAGACUCACUGUCCGUUAGCUUAUGUAUAUAACUGUGUUGUAUAGUCUCAGAGUACAUUCUAACCUCUUGUUUCUAAUCACGAUAUUGGUAAUUCUUCUCCGUGAAUGUUAGGUUUCCUCCAGAGAUAGGCCGUUAUUUGAGAACGUUAACUGUGUGCACUUUUAGAUUUUAAUCACAUUUACAGGCAAAUCACUGUAAUGCAAAUGGUACUGGAAAAAUGCUGAAUAGACUUGCUAAAUGGUAAAUGCACUACAAGAGGAACCUUUUAGAUUAUUUAAUAUGUACAGAAUACAUUAGAAGAAAAUUUAUUACAGAAUUCUAACUCUGCAAUAUGAAUAGUGGAAACCUAUAUGUAAAGUAGAUGGAUGUCAGAUCGAAAAUGACAUUGCUAAAUUUGAGAAUUUCUUUUUACAUUACUAAUGUAGAUUGGUUUGUAUAAUAAAACAGGGUUUGGAAGGUUUUGUUACAGAGAGCAUGGUCUGCUAAAGAUUUUUUUAAAUGUAUUUUUCUAGAUGAACUGCUGUAUAUGAAACGUCUAAUCUGAAUAAAGAAAACUAUAAGAGGUUUAGAGAUUUUUCCAUUGGAAAUGUGCAUUUUGGCUUUUAAUUUUGUCUUGUUUUUGCAUUUACUGGCACGCUCUUAUAAUACCUCAUUUUUUUUUAAAAAGUCAACUGAGUCCAAUAUUUCCUGUGGCAAAUAUGUUUUCCUCAUUUCAUACCUUUUCUGCUCCCUGCCAUGCGAGUGCCUCUGCCACCCACCCCACCCGCCCCUCCACUCUUUAUUUCUUCAUCAGUGUGUGAAAGCGAGUGAUUGGUUAACAGAGACUCUUUUUCUUAGGAUUGCAUUUAUAAUUUACAGGUUGCUUUUCUUGGGAACAGAUAUUUUUUGUAUGACCUGUCUAAAGACCUCUCACCCGAGCUUUGUGGUGGAAAUAUUGUUUGCUGUUGUGAUAGUUAAAUUGAUAACAAAACCAAACUACUUGACAGCGAUGGGAAAGCGGAUUGUUUGGGGCAGAGAGAAAAAACCCCCAAACGAGAAUGUUUAUAUUUGCCUAAAGAUGUCCUUAACAAUAUACAGUAUGCUUUAGGCCUGGCCUAUAUAGUGAUUGUACGCCAGGAAAACAAUUAGACUCAAACCAGUGACGUUCUUUCUCUUGGUAGUUAUGACGUAUCAAAGAUUAAAAUUGUCCUGUGUUUCUUGUUUCAAAGUACACAUGUAUGUAUGUGAAGUCUUAAAUGUUUUAAUAGUCCACAGCUAAUCAGCUUAUUGUAAUACUGUGUGUACAAUAUCAAUGUCUUGUGUUUUCAUCCUUUGUGAAUUAAAAAUUCCCACUUGUUUUUUGUCAUAACAAAACCAGUAAUACCUUCCUGUCUUGACAGCUUGAUUUUUAGUAGAAAAUAUAUUAAAGGCUGAAACAAAUUGUCAGUGGAAUUUCAUUUACUAAUAGGCUUUCCUUCAGAAUGUCAUUAAAAAAAAAAGAUGGAAAUUGAAAGAAAAAAGUAUAUUCAAGUAUGUUAUUAUGUUCCAAUAGAAGGAAAAUACUAUUUAAAUUUUACAGCAGUAAGAAAUUUUACCUUUUACUCUAGAAAAAGUUAAUUAUGAACUACUUCUGGGAAAAAACUGUUACAUUUCAGACAGAGGCAGAUCUAUAGAUUUUUUCUAUGUUAAAAGCACAAAUGGAAUAAUUCAGCCAAACUUUGGGCUUAGGUAGUUGUGUUAUAUACACAUAUGCACAUAUAUGUGUAUGUAAAUGUGUGUAUGUAUUAUGCUUACUUAUAAAUGAAAACUUAUCAAUAAUAAUCAUGGCAGAUAC